UAUAAUUUUCAAGACGAUUAUAGAGCUUGGGACCUUCAUAAAAGUGAACUUUAUAAGCCAGAACAAACUUACCACCCCCCUACUGUGAAAUUUGGAAAUUCAACUACAUUCCAGGAUGACUUUGUUCCUCAGGAGAUAAAGCCUAGGCAAAGCUUUAAACCCUCCUCUGUGGUCAAACGUUCUACAGCCCCUUUUAAUGGUAUUACAAGUCAUCGCCUUGAUUAUAUACCUCAUCAGCUUGAACUCAAGUUUGAAAGGCCAAAAGAAGUUUACAAACCAACUGACCAACGCUUUGAGGAUCUCACAACUCACCGGUGUGACUUUCAGGGUCUCAUUGGUGAAACUGCAAAACUCUGCAGACCUGUACACACCAGAGUGACCCAGAAUGCUCGGUUUGAAGGAAGCACUGAAUUCCGUGAAAGUUUUCAACCAUGGGAAAUCCCACCACCUGAGGUCAAGAAAGUACCAGAGUAUGUGCCUCCUACAGGUAGCAUGCUGUUAAACAGCACAAGCCAUCUUGACUAUGUUCUGUAUCAGGCCAACUGUGUUGUUCCCAUCAGGCCAGUUUCUCGUAGAAGAAGUAACAGUUUUCCUUUCCAAGGAAAAAGCACCAUGAAAGAAGAUUUUCCAGCAUGGGAAAGUUGUCGUCAAGGACUUAUUAAGAAGCAGCAGCAGAUUCCCAACCCAUCUGGAAAAUUUGAUGGUUUGAGCACUUUCAGAUCUCACUAUUUGCAACAUGAAUUGAUUCCAACAGAGAGUUGCAAACCUUUAAAUAUUGCUUUUAAGAGUUCUGUUCCAUUUGAUGAUGUAACCAUGUACUCUGUAGAGUACACACCGAAAAAACAGGAAAUUUGCCCAGCUAGCUAUCCCUCUCCUCCAGGUUAUAUUUUUGAAAAUACAAAUUCCCAAGGUCAUAAAUUCUUCUGCAAGAUUACUCCCGCAGUGAAGGCCUUCUAAUAAUCAAAUUGUGCUUAAAAGGAAGCUACUAAUAAGUUGUUGGUUUUCCAAGAGAAAACUCAAUUUUUGUAGUGAAAAAAAUUUAUGAUAUAAUAAAUCUUUUUUGUUUGUCUUUGAGAGGGAGUCUCGCUCUGUUGCCCAGGCUGGAGUGCAGUGGUGCAAUCUCAGCUCACUGCAAGCUCCGCCUCCUGGGUUCAUGCCAUUCUUCUGUCUCAGCCUCCCGAGUAGCUGGGACUACAGGUGCCCGCCACCACGCCCAGCUAAUUUUUUGUAUUUUUAGUAGAGAUGGGGUUUCACUGUGUUAGCCAGGAUGGUCUCAAUCUCCUGACCUCGUGAUCUGCCCGCCUUGGCCUCCCAAAGUGCUGGGUUUACAGGCGUGAGCCACUGCACCCGGCCGAUAUAAUAAAUCAUUUUUUAUAUUUUUAAACAAGAAAAUUGGAAAAUGUAUCAUAAAUCAGAAUCUUAAAACCAUUUUGUAUUGAUAUUUUAACCAAGAUUGUUCUUUAAUAUGCAUUUUGGAAGGUUGAAUAAUAUAGAUUCCCAUAUGUACCAUUUUAAUACUCAACAUACUGCUUAGUAGCUUGUCCCCAGUCUAUUAUUUGUAAUUCUGUUUAUAAUUAUGGCAAUUGUAUGGUUAUUCACAUACCAGCUGUCAUUUAUCAAGCACAUCAGGAUUAUCUAGAACAACAUUGAAAAUGAUAUAUGGAUUCCUCUUCCAAGGCAACAGGAUUCAUUUUACUCAGACUUCAUGGCAUCUACACAGCAUCCACUGAAUCAAGUUUUGGUUGGUGGUAUACAGACUGCUGCACUGCUCCUCACCAUGUUCAAGUUAGCAAGAGGCACUGUGGUGUGGCAAGGAAAGGCUCUGUGUGCUGGGAAUCGAAGGACUUGAGUUCAGGUUCUAACUAAUUAUUAUUUUUAGAGACAGGGUCUCACUGUCACCUAUGCUGGAGUCCAGUGGCAUGAUCAUGGCUUACUGCAGCCUCAGCCUCCUGAGCUCAAGUGAUCCUCCUGCCUCAGCCUCCCAAGUAGCUGGGACUACAAGGGUGUGCCACCACACCCAGCUAUUUUUUUAAUAUACUUUGUAGAGAUAGGUUCUUGCUAUAUUGGCCAGGCUGCUUUUGAAUCCUGCCUUGGCUUCCCAAAGCACUGGGAUUACAGGCAUGAGACACUAUACCCAGCCUAAGUUCAAGUUCUAAUAAUAUAGAUUUCUAUUUGUACUACCUUAGACAGUGACUCAUAUCUCUGAGACUCAGUGUCUUUGUUUGUAAAAUGAUGUCUGUUUUCAAAAACGUUUGUUUUGAGCAUCAGACUAUAUGGUACAUUUUAAUCCUUAAAGUAAAAGUAUAAAUGUAGGGGAUUGUUAAAAAAAUCACUCAGUCUCUUUUUGUACUUGUUUUCUCCUUUUCAAAUUAGGAUAAUUACUUACCCAAUCCUCAUUUUCUGGCCUGUAUCAAGGAUUAUAAAAUAACCUAAUUUGUUUUGAGCUAUGAGUAGUAUGUGAGGAGUCUUGUCCUUUAAAACUUCAUGAGCACCCGAGAAAUUCUUAACAGAGAAUGGAAAGCUUGGAGUGGGGUAAAUACAGUGGUUUCAGUAACAGUAUUUGCAGAAAGGAAAAAGUGUUUGCUAGGGUAGUUUUAGGAAGACUGACAGCUCUGAAGAAAUCUUUAGGGUAAAUGUAGGUAAUUUUGCACCUAAUUGCCAGGCCAAGUCACUGUUUAGAGGAAGAACCAGCCCCAGCAGGGGGCAUAAUCACCUGGUUCACCUCUUCCGGUGUGAAGAUAAGUGAUAAGGUAAAGAAUGAUGCCAGUAAGUAUAGUAGAAACACUCUAUUGCAUUUAUAAAUGCUAAAAAUUUCCCAAUGAAUUAAACUCUUAUUGGGUGGUUUUUUAAAAAAAAAUUAAAUAAUUGCAUUAUGGGAGAAUAUGAUUUAUUAUAGCAUAAAGUGAAUUUUAGUCUUUUAUGGCUUCAGAAUUAUUUUAAAAUGUAUUUUAUUGAAAAUCAUUAAUAUUUGGUUAUUUUAAUUGUUCAAAAGUAACUUGUUCUUAUUUACAUUUAUUAGUAAAAGUAU